AGGUCUCUACGGGACCAGGUCGUGCCCGACCGGAGGCACGUUUACACUGCUAGCUUCCGAGACUUCAAGCGUCUCCUCCAGCUCCCCCGCCUCCCCGUGGCUGCUCCCUGCCUUAGAAGCCAGGCUUGGACACCUACUUCCCCUUCCCAGCCAGAUUCUGGGAUCCCUUUCCUUGGAGCCGGCACACCUGGAUCCUUCCUUCGAAACCAGCGCUAGGAUCCUUUCCCUUGUGUGCCCUGUGUGUCUCCCCCGGGGGGGCCUCGUCCUGGGCCAUGGCCCAGAGCGCGGGCCUGGGGCCUGGGCAGCUGGAGGCUGUGAUCAUUCUGCUCUGUCUUGGAUUAUUCCGGUCAUGGACAGGAGCUGAUGGGGCCGAAGCCCUUUGUGGUGUGGUCCCCCAAGCACGCAUCGCAGGUGGCAGCAGCGCAACCCCUGGUCAGUGGCCUUGGCAGGUCAGCAUCACCUAUGAUGGCAGCCACGUGUGUGGUGGUUCUCUCGUGUCUGAGCAGUGGGUGCUGUCGGCUGCUCACUGCUUCCCCAGAGACCACCGCAAGGAAGACUACGAGGUAAAGCUGGGUGCCCACUGCCUGGAUAUCUACUCCAAGGACGCCAAUGUCAGCACCGUGGCAGAGGUCAUCGUCCACCCUAGCUACCGUGAGGAGGGCUCUGAGGGUGACAUCGCACUCCUCCGUCUUGGCAGUUCUGUCACCUUCUCCCGCUAUAUCCGGCCCAUCUGCCUCCCUGCAGCCAACGUCUCCUUCCCUAAUGGCCUUCAUUGUACUGUCACUGGAUGGGGCCACACGGCCCCCUCAGCCAGCCUCCCGAACCCCAGGCCACUGCAGCAGCUCGAGGUGCCACUGAUCAGCCGCGAGACCUGUAACUGCCUGUACAACAUCAACGCCAACCCCGAGGAGCCCCACUUUAUCCAGCAGGACAUGGUGUGUGCGGGCUACGUGGAGGGUGGCAAGGAUGCCUGCCAGGGGGACUCUGGGGGCCCACUCUCCUGCCCUGUGGAGGGCGUCUGGUACCUGGCAGGCAUUGUGAGCUGGGGUGAUGCCUGUGGGGCCCCCAACAGGCCUGGUGUGUACACUUUGACCUCCAGCUAUGCCUCCUGGAUCCAAUACCAUGCGAAAGAACUCCAGCCUCAUGCGGUGCCUCAAAUCCAGGAGUCCCAGCCUGAUGGCGACCUCUGCAAUGAGUCUCUGACCUUCAGCUCUGCCCAGGCCCGGGGCUUGCUGGGGCCCAUCCUUCUGCUGCCUCUGGUCUUGGCCCUGGGCCUCUUCUGCCCAUAGCACAAGCACUGAGCUACUCACCCCGGAAGCUGCCCCUACUGCCAAGACUGAUACGUCAUACCCAAGGACAUGUGGCUGUUCUCAGGAAGGGAGCUGGCCCCUCCCUGAUACCCUCUGCACUUGGGCCCUGGUGAGCCACUCCUUCCUUCCUGGACUCUGUGGGAGGCUAGGGCACCAUCCUGACCUUUAAGCCUAUUCCUCUGGGUUUACUGUUGUGACUGUAACCCACAGUCCAAGUUUUACUGCCUGUGGUGCUGGCCAGAACCUAUGGCCACCUCCACCUGCUGUCCACAAGCCUACUAGGUAGGCUCCUAUAGAGUGCCCAAGGACCUCUGGCUAUAGAAAUGAGCCCUGGGUCCCACCUAUUUCCAGAAGACUGGACACCUGCCCAGCUGACUGUUGCUCCAGUGCCCCACCCACCCUGCCUAACUAGGCCUGCACUUUGCCCUCUCUUCCUUGUUUCUGGGCUCAGGCUGCCUUUGGGCAACUUCUUUUCAAGGACAAGAAUGGCCUUAGUCUUGCCUCAUUGGCUGCUAAGCCCCCCUAAGCCCUGACUCUCAGAAUCCAGAGGACUGAGCCCCCGCUGGAACCGGGCUGGGGCCUGGAUCUGGAGUGAGUGACAGAAGGAACAAGAAGGAGUAAAAUGUCUUGAGCACAACAGGUGCAUACGUGUCAAGUGAGAUGAAGACCGUCAGCUCUUGGCCUCUUCCUCCCACCUCCAAAGUCUAGAGCCACUAGAAUUUACUUUAUUAAAAAAAAAUGAUGAAACAGGUCUGUACAUAUUUACAGGCUGGGGGUAAGAGGCAUGGGUCCGGCAGCAGGGGCACAGGCUGCUCACUUCUUGGAGAGCUUGACUUGCUUGUGUUUAGGGGGUGCCCACUUGAGGCAGACAGAGUCCACUGUGGGGAGAAGAGGCAGGAGAGGAGGGGCUGGGCCUGGGGCCAGGCCUACUCACACCUGGCUGCUCUGCUCUGGGCCUAGGCCAGGUUUCACCUCCUCCAGAUGAGAACAAAAGGGCAGACUGAGUAGGGGGGAGGGGGGAAGUAGGGAAGCCCAGGAAUGAGUGGCCUGCCCCAGGCUCUAUCCUGGGAGCUGGUCCAACUGGUUUGGGAUCAUGUGACAGCAAAAAGGAGGUCUUGGCUCUCAGCAGGCUUUAUACCUAUCUACCCUCCCACCUACACACACGUGCAGCAGCCCCCCU